CACACUAAUUGAUGCCACUUCAACCAACUGUGGUUUUGAGGUUCGAUUAAGACUAUUACCGAUAAAAGAAUUCCCGAGUACAUUGGUUACUUGUUUUUACCAGUGGGCGGAACCAUAUACGUAUCGGAUAAAAAUAUAGCUUUGCAGUUUAAAAUAAUGUUGCUAAAGUGUUAAGAGUAACAAAACACAUUUUAGAUAACUUUUUAAAGAGCAAAAGGUAGUCGUAAGCAUUCAUUUUACUUUUUGUAGUGUCUAAUAUACUCAGAAUUUAAGGAUACUUAUCUUAUAAAUUUGAGAUGAAGAACCCGCAUGUACGAUGCAAGUUGAAACACGUAUUCAUAUUUGUGCUUUUGCAUGUGAUAGUCUAUCAAGCAACAGGACAAGAUGACAAUUACUGGGGAAACUAUAACUAUGGAGACUACGGUGGAUACUACGGUAACUAUUCCGGUGGCAACUACGGACCUUACAACGGUAGUUAUGGUAACUAUGGUCCUUACAACGGUAGUUAUGGCAACUAUGGUCCUUACAACGGUAGCUAUGGUAACUAUGGUCCUUACAAUGGAAGUUAUGGCAACUACGGUCCUUAUAAUGGUAGUUAUGGCAACUAUGGAAUGUACAACGGUUCCUAUGGUAACUACGGACCGUAUAACGGAAGCUACGGAAACUAUGGCUUCAAUGGAACCUACAACUACGGUAACUACAGUGAUUAUGACGUGACUAACCAAGAAGAAGAAUGCGGUGGGGAAAUCACAGAGUUAACUGGUGCUAUUACUAGUCCGGGCUAUCCAAGUGCAGAAGACCCACAGUCUACCUACCCACCUAAUAUAGAUUGCUUGUGGUACAGAGAUGGGACUGGCAGUACUCUUGUUCAGUUCAAGAUUUGGGAUAUGUCGAUUGAGAUAGGAGAAAACGAUUCUAACGUGACAUGUGACUUUGAUUUUCUCAAUGUGUCGAUCACUUCAAUUGGUUGGAAAAAAUUCUGCGGGUAUACGACGCCGACAGAAGAACUGGUUGGAAUAGGAACGAUUGAUAUUCAUUUCCACAGCGAUUCAAGCGCUAAUUUUCGAGGAUUUACAUCAUCUUAUACAAUUAAAGAAGAUCAUUUUCCAUGUAACCCUAACCCUUGUCACGAUGGAGGAUUUUGUUCGAUAAAACCUGGUGGAAUAUUUGCACAAUGCAAUUGCUACGAUGGGUACACCGGCGAACAGUGUGAGAUAAACAUAGACGAAUGUGCUGACGACCCUUGUAAGAACGGUGGAACAUGUGUGGAUGGUGAUAACAGAUACACUUGUACUUGUCCUCCAUUCUGGACCGGUUAUAACUGUGACACACCUCUAGGGGUGUGCGAUUCACAACCAUGUUUAAAUGGUGGAACAUGCACAGUUGUGUCUGAUACUGAAUACAAAUGCGAAUGUGAAAUUACUCAUGAAGGUGCACAUUGCGAAACAGAAACUGGCGUCGUGGGCACGAAAACUGACAAAGUGGAGCCAGAAACUGGAUGCAUUAACCCCGGUAUCCCGUACGUGGAGGAGGGAAAACGUUUCGACGUAAAUGCUGUCGUUCAAUUCUCUUGUGCGGACGGUUACACACUCGUAGGGCAGAGUAACUUGACGUGUUAUGAGAACGAAACAUGGUCCGACAAAAUGCCAGACUGCAUAGCGGACGAACCAGGAGCUGAGGCGUUAGAGCAAAGCGAUGGUGGUGUAGACGCAUGGACGGUUGCCAUGGUUGUGCUUGGGCUUGCCUUGUUCAUAAACAUCGUCAUAUUUGGCUUGUGGGUCGCAUACAAAUGGCCUUGGAUGAAAGUUGGACAAGUCACAAGCAUGAACAACGCCAUGACUGCAUCCCAGGCAAAACUUAAGCAGCUGCAAGACGCUGCUUCUAUCAGUUCGAUCAGUAUCAGCAGUGACGAAACCGAAGAUGAUGACGUCACGAGCGAAAGUGACGCGUCUGAAAUAUUUGAGAACAAAUUCGUGAGGGACGUUCCAUAGGGUCUUGGGUUUCAUUUGUUCCUGUUUUGUACAUAUAUAGUUUGAAUAUUGAAAAUUUGAAGACGAAUAAAGUUUGUGUCAAUGUUUA